AUGAGCUCGUUACUACAAUUCAACUUCUCAUCCUCGCUGCUUGCUGCUGAUCCAGCACCUGCAUAUCUGGAUACAGAGACGAUACCAGUGGACGGCAAAAGGAUUGUGCUUUCAUCCGGUAAACGUAUCACGCUCAAACCUCGCAAACCAAGACACGUCAACUUGGGUGAUGAGAAAGAUCAUUCAGAGCUGAUAAACAUUCACACACUCCUAUCCAAACUAGAAAUAGAAGAAAAGGCUGCUGGACAGACAACUCGCGAGAAAUCAAGGCCUCCACGAAACCGGUCUACAACACCCACCUAUAAAUUAUGGACAGAGAAAUAUAGGCCUUCCGGCUUUCUGGACCUUGUAGGAAACGAAAGAACAAAUCGGCAAAUUCUCCAGUGGCUAAAUCAGUGGAAUCAGGUUGUUUUCGGGAAACCGUGCACAGAAACGACCGACUUUUACAACCGUCCAGAUAAACGAAUUUUACUCAUCCAUGGGCCGCCUGGUAUUGGAAAGACUUCUAUUGCACAUGUGAUCUCAAAGCAACUGGGAUACGAGGCACGUGAGAUAAAUGCUAGUGAUGAGCGUGCUGGAGCAACGGUCCAGGAUAAAAUCAAAAAUGCCAUGAAGAAUAACUCGCUGACAGGGAGCCCUGUAUGCCUAAUUCUGGAUGAAAUAGAUGGAGCCACGGAGCACGGAUUCAUAAACAUACUGGUGGACCUUAUCAACAAGGACCGCCGUGACACAGCUUCUCUGGGUCUUGAUACGAAGGGCAAACCAGCAAGACAGAUUUUAAAACGUCCUAUCAUUGCCCUAUGUAAUGAUGUCUACUCGCCGGUGUUAGAGAAGCUGAGGCCACACUGUGAAACUAUUGCUUUCCGCAAAUCUCAUCCACGUCUGGUCAAAUCAAAACUGAAGAAAAUCUGUCAACGAGAAGCCAUCACUGCGGAUGACCGUGUCUUGGACGCGAUAAUAGAAUCUACGGAAGGCGAUUUGAGGAACUGCAUUAACUUUUUACAGUUCAACUCGUCGGCUUCUACUUUGAAUCUCGAGUCAAGCUCAAAGGACACCCAAAUAGGAUGGUUUGUUCAGUUGGACAAUAUUUUUGUCAGAAGCGCAAAAGUCAGCAAGCAAGAACAAUUUCAAAAAGUGUUCCGGUCCCUUUCGUCCUCAGCGCAGGUGGACAGGGUGACUACAGGAUGUUUCAAUGUGAUGCUUGACACGGACACCGAGAUCAGUAGAUUAAGCGAGAUCUCGGACUGGUUGUACUUCCAAGACGCACUUGGCACAAAGUUCUCCUCUUUUGAUGCCCAAGAUCUCACUUUCUAUCAGUCGGCAGUGCCGAUGAAAUUUUACCAAAAGUUUAACGAAAUCAGCCAUCUGUCGGAAAAGAGGUACAAUUAUCGAACUCGCGACCGCUUUUUUGAUUUAAGAAAACAGACAGCUGAAGCUCUCCAAAGAAUUAAGCAUUUGAACAAUCAAGCAGACAGUUUCAAACUUGCCAAUCGUGUACAAUUGGUGGGCUACGAACUUAGUCUAAUCAGCGCGAUACUCGUUCCUGACGUUCCGUUCAGACAGAUCGAGAUGGUAGGUGGAGGCGGCAAACUAUCCAGAAUAAUAGAGCUCAUGGAAGCUUACUCGCUGCGCAUCGACCUAUCGAAAAACGAGUACGGGAACGCGACUGCCCAAAUACGACCUGCAAUUCAUCUUUUUGGCAACUUUUCAGCGAAGCAGCAGCAAAUAUUGGUGAGACUACACAAGGAACUGCUCACAAAAUAUAUCCAAGGACAGGAGUUCAAGACAAUAGAUCGCAAGCGGAAGGCACCACGCGACAACGAUCAGACAGCCAAAAAAAGUAAUUGCAGCUCAAGUGUGGAAUAUUUCAAGAGUAAGUACGCGGCUUUAACAGAUCAGUUAAGACACGCGAAAAGCAGCAAAGAAUUUUCUGCAGCAGUGAUGGGUCAAAAUGAGUACAGAAUUUGGGUCAAGUACCAUGAAGGCUUCUCGAACGCGGUCCGUCGAGAUAUCACAUGGGAGCACCUUUUCGCCGGACAAUGCGGGCCUUUAUAG